GCGUUGAUUUUUGGGUAUCAUGGCUCCUAUCACCAAUCGACGCGUGCUUUUCAACGAGAUCCCUACCGGGUACCCCGAUCCAGAAAAGACCGUAGCCUACGAUGAAAGCCAAGUUAUCGACGUUGAUGGCCUUCCUCUUGAAAAGGGUGCUUUCAUCUUAAAGACGCUCGUUCUUUCCAUCGAUCCAUACUUGCGCGGCAGGAUGCGCGAUGCGUCCAAAGAAAGCUACUCUCCGGCUUUCCGCAUCGGGGAACCCAUCUCCAACUUCGGGGUCGGUGUAGUAGUGCGCUCAGAGAACCCUGAAGUGCAGGUGGGCGAUCACUUGUAUGGCUUCUACACAUUUGAGGAAUACAUCGUUCGGAAUGAUGCUUCGUCCUUCAAGAAGAUCAAGGGUGAAGUCUCUUGGUCCGCCUUCGUCGGCGUUGCUGGAAUGCCCGGUAAGACUGCGUACUACGGGUACAAGGAAUUUUACACGCCGAAGAAGGGUGAUGUUGCAUUUGUAUCUGGAGGUGCAGGCCCCGUUGGUUCCUUCGUUGCGCAGCUCGCAAAACUCGACGGAUUAAAGGUUAUUGCUUCUGCUGGAUCGGACGAGAAAGUCAACUUCCUGAAGGAGAUUGGAGUCGACGUCGCGUUCAACUAUAAGACUACCUCCACGAAGGAUGUUUUGACCAAGGAAGGUCCCAUCAACCUUUACUGGGACAAUGUAGGAGGCGAGACACUGGAAGCCGCUUUUGAGGCCGCAGCCCUGAAUGCCACCUUUAUUGAAUGCGGGAUGAUCUCCGCGUAUAACGGGGAAUCGUAUCCAGUGAAGAACCUUUUCCAAAUCAUAGCCAAGAGGUUGCGCAUCUUUGGUCUACUCGUAGGGGACCUCGAAGAGAAAUAUCACGAGGAAUUCUAUCACGACGUAGUUCCUGGCUUGAUCGGAGGCGGGAAGAUAAAAUAUACCGAGGAUAUCCGUGAGGGAUUACAUACCACUGGUCAAGGCAUAUAUGAUGUUCAGACGGGAGGGAACACAGCCAAGUUGGUAAUCAGAGUUGCAAAGGAUUGAAUAUGGAUUGCGAAAGACCCCACCGUGUACGAUUAUUCAUAUGCAUGACAAUGAGGCCAUGGACCGGCCACUCGCUUUUGG